UCCUAGUUGUAGUGCAGUCCCGUCUCUCUGCCUCUCAAAAAACGCGAAAAAUAUUUCGACGCUUUUUCCAUUUCUCCGUACUCGGUUUUUUCCGACGAUUUAUCCUUCGUUUUUCAUUCUCCCCUUCCAUAAAUCAAAUUCGCAAAAUCUCAAGAAAUACUUCAUCUCUAUCUACGGUUUAUUGUUGUAGAUGUCGUUUGAGUGUCGUUGUAUUUCGUUUUUCUAAUCUCAUUUGUUGUAGGAGAGAGAAUUUUACCCAAAAAGUUAGUUAAGGCAUUCUUGGAUUCUUGUUGUUGUUAGUUAUGGCUCAGGUUCAGAAUCCGAUUCCAGUUUCAGGUCCGAAUGGAUUUUCAGCGGAUUCUAAUGGUGGAAAUGAUACAGGGGCGUUUGUUAUGACGUCGCUUUAUGUUGGUGACCUUGACUGCAAUGUGAAUGACACGCAACUGUAUGAUUUGUUUCUUCAAAUUGGGCAGGUUCUUUCCGUUAGGGUUUGCAGGGAUUUGAGUACUCAUCGAUCUCUUGGAUAUGGUUAUGUCAACUUCAGCAAUCCUCAGGAUGCUGCAAGGGCACUGGAUGUCUUGAACUUCACUCCCUUGAAUGGAAAGCCUAUAAGACUCAUGUACUCACAACGAGAUCCUACUAUCCGCAAAAAUGGGUCUGGAAAUAUUUUUAUUAAGAAUUUGGACAAAUCCAUUGACCACAAAGCUCUGCAUGAUACAUUUUUUACCUUUGGGAACAUCCUUUCAUGCAAGGUUGCUACUGAUGCUAAUGGCCAGUCCAAGGGAUUUGGAUUUGUUCAGUUUGAUACGGAAGAUGCUGCUCAGAAAGCUAUUGAAAAGCUAAACGGAAUGCUGAUGAAUGAUAAACCAGUUUAUGUUGGGCCAUUUGUCCGUAAGCAGGAGAGGGAUAUUAGUACGAGCACAAGAUUUAACAAUGUUUAUGUGAAAAAUUUAUCUGAGUCAACUACUGAUGAUGAAUUGCUAAAGGUUUUUGGUGAAUAUGGAUCUAUUACUAGUGCUGUGGUGAUGAGGGACGCAGAUGGGAAAUCAAAAUGUUUUGGGUUUGUUAACUAUGAAAAUUCGGAUGAUGCUGCUAAAGCAGUCGAGUCAUUAAAUGGUAAGAAGUUUGAUGAAAAAGAGUGGUAUGUGGGUAAAGCCCAGAAGAAGGCUGAAAGAGAGCAGGAACUGAAGGAAAAAUUUGAGCAAAGCAUGAAGGAAGCUGCUGAAAAGUAUCAGGGUGCUAAUUUGUACAUCAAGAACUUGGAUGACAGUUUUGAUGAUGAAAAACUUAAGGAGCUGUUUGCAGAGUUUGGAAAAAUUACCUCUUGCAAGGUGAUGCGUGCUACUAGUGGGAUUAGCAAGGGUUCUGGCUUUGUAGCAUUCUCAAGCCCUGAAGAGGCUUCUCGAGCUCUAGGCGAGAUGAAUGGAAAAAUUAUUGUCAGUAAACCCUUGUAUGUUGCCCUUGCACAACGGAAAGAAGAUAGAAGAGCUCGCUUGCAGGCUCAAUUUUCACCAAAUAGGCCAAUUUCCAUGGUGCCUACUCUUGGUUCCCGAAUGCCAAUGUAUCCUCCAGGAGCACCUGGCCUUGGACAACAGAUGUUUUAUGGCCAAGCACCACCUAUGAUUCCUCCACAAGCUGGAUUUGGCUAUCAACAGCAGCUUGUACCUGGAAUGAGACCUGGAGCAGGUCCAAUGCCCAACUUCUUUGCGCCAUUUGUGCAGGGGCAACAGGGUCAGCGUCCAAGGGGAAGACGUGGUUCAGGUCCUGCUCUGCAAAAUCAGCAACCUGUGCCCAUGAUGCCACAACAGAUGGUUCCGAGAGGACGUUUCUUCCGUUACCCACAUGGGCGGAACAUGCCUGAUGUUCCAAUGGCUGGGCCUAUGCUGCCUGGAUAUGACAUGGGAAGUAUCGCUCAGCCUGUUCCUAUCACUGCAUUGGCAACUGCCUUGGCAAAUGCAUCUCCUGAGCAUCAGAGAACGAUGCUCGGAGAGAGCUUGUACCCGUUGGUAGAUGCCCUUGAGCAUGAUAAUGCUGCCAAGGUAACUGGUAUGCUGCUGGAGAUGGACCAAACCGAGGUUUUGCAUUUGCUGGAGUCGCCAGACGCGUUGAAGGCUAAAGUUUCUGAAGCUAUGGAAAUUCUGAGAGAUGUUUCUCAGCAACAAGGCAGCAACGUUGAUCAGUUGGCUUCAUUGUCUCUUGACGAUAAUUAGUAUCAAUAUCUUGAGAUGAACCUCGUUCGGUCUGCGCACUAUCUCAUUGGAUAAGUCAAAAACUUAAACGAGUAGUUUAGACUUUAUAUACUUUUAUAAACGUCAACUUGACAAAAUUUUGGGUUCUGAAAUUCUGUUACGGAGACUGUUUCGGAAUAUUGUUUGUUUGGGCACUUGCGAUACUCGAUUGUUUACGAUCUAUUUUUGGCACUAAGAUCAGUUUUUGAGUUGCCC